AUGAGGAUUACGGUUCAGUCACACAAGACGAGUCGCAACAUCAGGUGCGCCUUGCGCCAUUUCGAAUAUCGUCCUUAUAGCGCUGCGCGCCUCAAUCUGUCGGCAAAGUGGCGAACGAGCGGGUGAGUCCGAUCAAGAGCGACCUUGCAGGUUGUUGGUAAUAUGCUUGCUGCUGCCUCCAGCUGAGUGACUCUGUGCUCGAUGAGUGACUCAGCAGCCAAUCUUUGGUGCGCGGCAUUCUUCAUACGCCACUUGUCGUUUUCGAUCCAGAUGGGAGCGUCAUCUUUAUCGCUCUGUUCGAUUGCAUCUGGCACAUAUUCAUCUUCUAA